AUGACUUCACCUCCUGCACAAAGAACUUUUGAUGCAACUUCCAGACUUAAAAUGAAAGAACAAACUAUUGACGAAAUGUAUGGUAUACCAGAGAAUUUUUUAGAGAUUGAAGUACGAAAUCCCCAGACUCAUGGUUACGGUCGGAAAAUGUUUACUGACUAUGAAAUUGUUUGUCGGGUGAGUAUUAUGCGGUAUUAUGCGAGACUCAAUGCUCAAACAAAUAUUCCAGCAUUUAAAUUAAAACAAUCUUCUGUCAGGAGGAGAUACAGUGAUUUUGAAUGGUUUCGUGAUGUUCUUGAACGAGAAUCAUCACGAGUUAACAUUCCUUCUCUACCUGGAAAAGUUUUUACUAACCGAUUUGCAGAUGAAGUUAUUGAAGCUCGUAGGGAAGGACUUGAAAGAUUUUUACAAAUUGUUGCAGGUCAUCCUCUUAUACAAACUGGAAGUAAAGUACUAUCUGCAUUUAUUCAAGAUCCCAAUUUCAGUAGAGAAAAUUAUAAUUAUUGA